AUGGCCCAAAGGUGCAGGCGCGCUGGCGCCCUGGCAAUACUCCUGGCACUUGGGCUUUCAAGCCACCUGGCCUUCAUCCCGAAGGUGACGAGUACUGCUACAGGUAGCCUCUGGGGACUGCUGGGUGCACAGGCAGCAUGGGCGGUCACAGAGGGCUUUGAGGACUACAACAAGCUCAGCGUCAAGGCUGCAAAGCCCAUUACUGAAGCCGCCAAGCCUGCGGCAGACGGUCCCAGUGAUGCCGUGCAGGUAAUAGGUGGUGCUGGGGCCCUCAUCGUCGUUGCCAUCUUUGUUUUUGCAGCGAUCGUUGCUACCGGCAAUCGGGACCCGAAUGAGCGUGAUGGAAAGCGCAUCUGA